AUGCCAGACUCUCCCGGGGAGCUUGGUGGCCAGACUGUCGUCAGCAAGCCUGUGCCCGGCUAUCGGAGUAUCGACACCGUCACUACCGUCGGGAACUUUAAGGAUACAGCUGUCUGGCAGAAAGAAUGCACCAUCAAACUUCCUGGCUCGGAUUGUGAAAAAGAAGGAAUGUUUGCCGAACCAGAGAUGCAGAGCCUACACAUCCAGCCUAAUAAUAAUAGUUUGACUAUGUCUAGUCGAUGGACCGCUAAGCCUAAAAGGGUCCUAAAUAGAAAGAAACCGAUGCCGAUAGAGAUCGCCGCUGAUCCCUCGGUGCGGAGGUCGGAGUCGCUACGCUCUCGCUUGAUUUUCCAUACUGCCGACUCGAGAGCGUCAUCUGACUCUCAAGCACUAAACUCGGUGCUUCGUUUAGGACCAGCUGAAAGUCAUCAACCACCAAGUCGAUUGCUGGAUGGGUGGGUUGAAUGCCUGGGAGAGGUGGUCCCUAAACCGAUUGUCUCCAGCAAUCGGCCUGUGAGAGGGGCGAAUCAAACAGUCCAUGGUAAAGAUAAAAAUCCUUGA